CUUCCUGCUUCUUAUUAAAAGAAUGUUGUUGUAGUUGGAUAUGAAGUUAGAGACGAGGCUGUUAUUGUAUUUGCGUCACCAACAAAAUGGCGUCCAGAAAUGGCUCCUCGGGCAGAGGUGGUCAUACGUCUGAUAGCAUGAUGGAACAAGAAAAUAACAGACUGGCAUCUGGACUAUCAAGCAAGAUCUCUACUUUGAAAAAUAUUGCCCUUGAUAUUGAAAAUGAAGCAAAGUACCAAAACAGUUAUCUUGAUGGAAUGGGUGAUGAUAUGGAAACUACAAGCUCCUUACUUGGUGGUAGUGUUAAAAGACUUUCGCAUAUGAUCUCAUCUGGCAGCUCAAAUCGAAGAUUAAUGUGUUACUUGAUAUUAAUCAUCGUUGGGGCCUUCUUUGCUGGAUAUUAUGUCCUGACCAGAGUGAAAAGCUAAGUGUUAAAACUCCAACAGCUCCAUAUAUUGUCUUAGAAAGUCAUAUGAACUAGAGACACACUUAUUUAUUUCUUAUAAUAAGAUAACAAUUCUUGAUUAGAUUUUAUUCCAAAAUAUUUUAAAAAGAUCAGUAGAGGAACACUUUUAAUCAACAGUGACACUAGAAUAGCUGUAGGGCAUGGAGGGUAAAGAACAAAUAAGGGCAAGAAUAGCAAGAUAAAGAAAUUGCUAAAUUCUGUUAGGGCAAUGGGGCAACCAUCCCAGUGCUCCCCUGUGCUCGGGCAUCCCUAUGUUUUAUUAGAAGCAGAUUAUCAAAUACUGUGCCUUAAAGUUCUAAUUUUGGGAUCCAUGAGGUAUAUUGGUCGUUAAUAAUUGAUAAUAUAUCAAAGAUUUUAAAGCUCUAAUGCCAUGGAUCCAUGCCAGAUUCCUUGGGUAAAGCCCCAAAAUAUUGUUUCAUUAAUUAUUGCAUUUUUGCAACAUCAAGGCUGAUAUUAAGCUCUCCUGUAUUUAAAAACCUGGUAUUGUAUUGUAUUACAAUUUCUGUAGAUUAUUAAAACCAAUACUCAAAA